AUGGGGAGCUCACAGCAAGCUGGAUGGUGCAAGAAAGCCACAUCACCCACAAAUGUAAGAGCUACUUUGAAAGCUGUCGGGAAGACCAUGUACACCAUUGUUCUGCUCACCAUCACUACGAUCACAGGAGCUACAGGUAUUUGUGAUGCGUCAGUGAUAGCAGGUAACAGCUCUGUGCUCACCUGCACUCCAAAACCAGGUAUAUCUAUGGUAACAUGGAAAAUAAGCCCCAAGGUUGGAGGCCCCUGCAGCCUGGGAUACAGGACUGAUCAGAACAAGACAGACAAAACAAACUGCAGUGACAGCAUAAACUGGAAAUUCACACCAGAUCAGGAUCCUGCCCUUGAGAUAUGUCAAGUGGAACCAGCCCAUGAGGGAAAUUACACCUGCGAAGUAGUAGCAGCAGACGGGAAUUUCCACGAGACACAUCUCCUGACUGUGCUGGUCCCCCCGAGGCUGACCCUCUACUGCGAUGAUCACGGGAACCCCAUGUGCGAGGCAGUGGCAGGCAAACCGGCUGCUCAGAUCUCGUGGCUCCUAGAGAGCAACUCCACCCCGAAGGAAGAAGGUCAUGAUGAUGGGACAGUGACCGUUCUCAGCAAGUUCACAGCAUACGGCACCAACAUGACUAAUACAACCUGCACUGUGUCCCACCCAACUGGGAACUGGAGCCGCUCCAUAGCCUGUCAUCCCUCAA